AUGCUUGCGUUAAGCUUGCUAACGCCAGCAUUGUUGGGCUCAUUCAAGAGUAAACGUUUAGCAGCGUUUAUGAGCGAAGACAGUACACCAAAUGAACCACCGAUACGUCUUUACCCCUCAAUUUCCGGCAAAAAUGAAAUAAUUCGCCAUCCGAACAAUAGCGCCAAUGACAAACACGACAAAAUUACGCCUGACUCAGGUCCAGUACCAGUACUGAAAGAAAUUGCAAAAGUACAACCCGCUGACAAUAAAAUUGAUGGUAACAGUAAUGGUAAUGAUGACAGUCAUCAAAAACAGACUAAUGCAGAUGAUCUUUUAUUGGGUGGUGAAGAUAAUAUACAACAGUGA